GGUUUCAGUAGGUCUGCGCGCUCGUUAGGCCAGUCGUCCCUACGUUAGCUGCGGCUCCCGUGCCCAGAAGUGUCCGAGCCAUGCAUGUGGACAUCUCACAGUCUCCGCUCCGGAACCGGGUGUUUGUGGUGGGCGUUGGGAUGACCAAGUUCACAAAGCCUGGAGUUGAGAAUUCAAGAGACUACCCUGACUUGGCAAAGGAAGCAGGCCAGAAGGCUUUAGCGGAUGCACAGAUCCCUUAUUCUGCAGUAGAACAGGCAUGUAUUGGCUAUGUUUAUGGUGACUCUACCUGUGGGCAGAGGGCUAUCUAUCACAGUUUGGGACUGACUGGAAUUCCUAUAAUCAACGUCAACAAUAACUGUUCUACUGGUUCAACUGCUUUGUUUAUGGCCCGGCAACUGAUUCAGGGUGGUCUGGCAGAUUGUGUCUUGGCUCUUGGGUUUGAGAAGAUGGAAAAGGGACCCCUUGGAUCAACAUUUUCAAAUAGGACCAAUCCAAUUGAUAAACAUCUCGAAGUCCUGAUCAACAAGUAUGGAUUGUCAGCCCACCCAGUUGCUUCUCAGAUGUUUGGGUUUGCUGGAAAAGAGCACAUGGAAAAAUAUGGAACAAAACUUGAACACUUUGCAAAAAUUGGAUGGAAAAAUCAUAAACAUUCAGUUAAUAACCCGUAUUCCCAGUUCCAAAAGGAGUACAGUUUAGAUGAAGUGAUGGCAUCUCAAAAAAUUUUUGACUUUUUGACUAUCUUACAAUGUUGUCCCACUUCAGAUGGUGCUGCAGCGGCAAUUUUGGCUAGUGAAGCAUUUGUACAGAAGCACGGCCUGAAAUCCAAAGCUGUGGAAAUUUUGGCUCAAGAGAUGGUGACUGAUAUGCCAAGCUCGUUUGAAGAAAAAAGCAUUAUUAAAAUGGUUGGCUUUGAUAUGAGUAAAGAAGCUGCCAGAAAGUGCUAUGAGAAAUCUGGCCUGAGACCAAGUGAUAUUGAUGUAAUAGAACUUCAUGAUUGCUUUUCCACCAAUGAACUUCUUACUUAUGAGGCACUGGGACUCUGUCCAGAAGGUCAAGGUGGGAAACUGGUUGAUAGAGGAGAUAAUACUUAUGGAGGAAAGUGGGUCAUAAAUCCUAGUGGUGGAUUGAUUUCAAAGGGACACCCACUUGGAGCUACAGGUCUGGCUCAGUGCGCUGAACUCUGCUGGCAGCUGAGAGGGGAGGCCGGAAAAAGGCAAGUUCCUGGGGCAAAGGUUGCUCUGCAGCAUAAUUUAGGCAUCGGAGGAGCAGUAGUUGUCACGCUGUACAAGAUGGGUUUUCCUGAAGCUGCCAGUUCUUUUAAAACUCAUCAAAUUGAGGCUGCUCCAACCAGCUCUGCAGUUGAUGGAUUUAAGGCAAAUCUUGUCUUUAAGGAGAUUGAGAAGAAGCUUGAAGAGGAAGGGGAGCAGUUUGUGAAGAAAAUCGGUGGUAUUUUUGCCUUCAAGGUUAAGGAUGGCCCUGGAGGUAAAGAAGCCACCUGGGUGGUGGACGUGAAGAAUGGCAAAGGAUCAGUGCUCCCUAACUCAGAUAAGAAGGCCGACUGCACAAUUACCAUGGCUGACUCGGACUUACUGGCUUUGAUGACUGGUAAAAUGAAUCCUCAGUCGGCCUUCUUUCAAGGUAAAUUGAAAAUCACUGGCAACAUGGGUCUGGCUAUGAAGUUACAAAAUCUUCAGCUUCAGCCAGGCAAAGCUAAGCUGUGAAGAACUCUCUUUGCCUACCUUUGAAAAUCAAGAUGAGAUAUAUAGAUAUAUAUCCAUAUAUUUCGUUGUCAGAACUUAGAUUGAAACUACACAUUGGCAAAUAGCGUAUUUGUUUUUAAGUGGGUGUGACCAAUCCUGUUUUUCCUAAGGUCUGGGUGAAUAGAACCUGAUGGUGUACUACUGCUUUGCUGAAUUGCAUACAACUGUGCAUUACAAAGUUAAUACAGUAAUUACGGUUUGGGGUAAAAUUGAGUUUUAGAAUAAAAUUAGGAAUAGCAAAAUCCAAAAACUAUGUAAACAAAAGCUCUCAUUUUGCUUAUAAAGUAUAUUUGAGGAUUAUUCUGCUGAAGAUUCAAUUUAAGUUUUCCUUGGGAGAACUAGGGAGGAAACAGAAUACCAGUAGCUGACCAGUAAUUAGUGUUGUGCACUUAAUGACCUUAAUCUGUUUUCCAUUGAUAAUUUUUAAAAUUCUGUACUGGGAUUUUUUUAAAAAAAAUCUUUACCGUUUUGCAUUUCAUGCCAUCAAAACAGUAUUUUCUUCCCAAAUCAAAGAAAUAUGAUCAAGGCUUGGGAGAAAAAAUAUAUAGCUGAACACAGGCCUAUUUUUUAAAACAAAAAUAUUUUUAAGUGAGUUUCCUUCUUGGAAAAAAAUCAGUAUAUUAGAAUCAUAAAACACUGUUGUUAAAAAUAAUUGAACAAAUAAAGUUUGCUUUGAGAUGCACAGUUUUCAAAUUAUAAUCUUAUAUUAAUUUAAUUUGUAAAACUCUCCUUCCUUUAUAAUUUUCCCUUUUCAUAUGUUUAGUUUAACAAGCCACAUUUAAUUUACUUUCCUAGUUUUUUUUAUUCAAUUUAAAGGAAUAUUACUUUUUAUUCCUUUUUUUUAAAGGUAAAUUUCAUAUCAGACUUCAGCAUGUGAUGUGUUUUCCCUACUUUUACCUUCCUAGUUUUUCUAAUGCUAAUGUUAUUUCUAAUAACUCGGUAAGAUACAGGGUAAAAUAAUGUUUUUGGAAGAAUGUUUAAUAGAAAAUU